UUUCAGGUGGUUUGUUAUGACAAAGAUAACCGGUCAGUCAGCCGCCAGGUUGUCUUCCGUCUCCAGUUUCAUACAGGCCUUGUACACGGACACACCCUCAGUUUCUCCAAGGCGGACCUCGACUGUGCCAGUGAAGAUCCCCGGUUCCCAGAAGAUGGAAAAGUGGAGCUGUUCCUUUCUGACAGCCCUGAAAAGAUUACAGGCAGAGAGCUUUGGAACAACGGACGCUGUGUUAUGGUGGACUAUGACACCUUGGAACCUUUGGUUAGACGAGAUUCAUUUCAAGGCACGUCUUCGCUUGAUACAGUUCCACCUCAUAUCCUGGACCCUGGAACUGAUAGUUUGUGUGCCAGAGUGAGGAAGAGGAGUAGUGAGGAAGGAUCUUCAUUCCCCCUGGCCACCAUCAGCCCCAGCUGCAGUGACCGAGCUCCAUCUGCCAGCAGUGAUUCAGGCCUGUCUGUUGCCUCUCAGGGGCAAACCGGAGCCAGACAGAGGAGAGAGGCUGCACAGGACACGUGCUCCCAGGCAGGGAAGCUAGUCUCUGGAGUGGAUUUUGAGAUUGCUCAGCCUCUUCUGGAGGCCAUGACUGAGUUUGCUGCCAGUGGAGGGGAGGGGGAGAUGACUGGAGAUGAGUCUGGAUUGGGAAACACUACCAAUGGAGAGGCGUCGUCAAGCGAGAGGGAAACUGAUAUAUUAGAUGACGAGGAUGAAGUAGAUGGUAAAGCAGCUCCUGCUUUAGACUUGCCAAGUUCAAGCAGAAUGUACCCCCUCUCCUCCGAGAACCUGCCUGUAACUCAAACUGAGUACUCCACACACUCCUGGGUUCGGCAGCAGAUGGUUGAUGUUGUGACUAAUACCUACUGUGAAGUUGACAGGGAAGAGAGGUUGAGCUGGUUGAGAAAAAAGAGGCCGCCACCUCUGGUUGCUCCUGACACACCAUCUCGAGGAAUCAGCAGCAGGGAGGCAGUGCAGAGAGGGCUGGCGGACGAGGACUCCACACACAGCUCUGUCAGCGCUACGCACAAUUUGUCUUGCCAGGAAGAGGAGCUGGAGGCAUUAAACACAGACAUUGACGAAUCUAUAGAGCAGCUGAACCAGCUGAUUUUAGAUUUGGACCCCACCUUUGUUCCGGUUCCAACCCGCUGUACCCCCCUGUCCCGCUGUGCCUCCCUUCACACCAACGGCCUCAGCCACAAGGGAAAUACCCACCAGUUAGGAUGGAGGCAACAGAAGCAGGUCAGUGAAGUCACAGACUAUGCUGGUCUCCAUAGUCCAGGAUGGAGAGCGGCUGGUGCUCAGAGUUUCAGAGGCUCUCCAGUGUACAGUCCCUCAAUCUCACCAUCUCAGCAUGAGCAUCUCUACAAAACCAACAGUGUAGACUACCGGGGACACACCGAUAGCGUCCCCCCUACCCCGGCCUUUCCAGUGUCUCCUCCAACACCUUACGUGAAACAUUUCUCAGAGUCUUCCCAGCUUAGGGCUGCCCGGCAGUGGGACCAACACAGCUGGACACAAGAUUCCCGGAGUUUCCUGGACGGUAUGAACCACGCCGGCGGCUCCUCAGAGGGAGUGUCGGUCACGUCUGCUUCCUGUCAGAGGAUCUUUGGUUCCAUGUGCUCGGUGUCAUCAGACAGCCCCAUCCCACACACAGACAGCUCCACGCCUCCACCUGUGUGGCACGACCGGACUCCAAACUCCCUGAACUCCCCGUACUCCCCGUAUCCCCCCCAACCCUCACCUCCUCUCUCCCUCAGCACUCCCAAUGCCCACAGCUCUCCCCGGGGGGCUCUGAGAGGCAUGAGUGGAGGUCUUGGGGCCCGCAGUGAUACAGACAGCACAGACUUGUCUUCGUUGUUGUUAGGGAACGGGGGCCUGGAGCACAGCCUGCUGGAGGCCAUGGAUGGCCUCGGGAGUCUGAACCUUGUGGGAGACGGGGGCCUCCCUCCAAUGCUGCCUGACAAAAAGAGAGUGGGUGAGAGUGGAGAGCUUGGUUCCCGCUCCCCUUCUCUAAGUGGAUUUUCCAGCCCUCACAGUGGCAGCAGUCUCAGCAUCCCAUUCUCAUCCCCCAUGACCCCUGACCCCCUUAGAGGACUCAGCGGGGCCCAGUCGCCUGGAGCAGACUUUAGCAGUAAGCAGGACACUGUGAAGUUUGUUCAGGACACCUCCAAGUUCUGGUACAAGCCUGACAUUUCCAGAGACCAAGCCAUCAUAAUGCUAAAGGACAAAGAGCCGGGCUCAUUCAUUGUCAGAGACAGUCAUUCAUUUCGUGGGGCAUAUGGAUUGGCCAUGAAGGUGGCCACACCCCCUCCGUCUGUGUUACAACAGAGUAAGAAAGGGGACCUGUCCAGUGAGCUGGUGAGACACUUCCUGAUAGAGUGCACACAGAAAGGAGUUCGUCUUAAAGGGUGCCCCAACGAGCCGUAUUUUGGAAGUCUCACAGCUCUGGUGUGUCAGCACUCCAUCACCCCUCUGGCUCUGCCCUGUAAACUCAUCCUGCCUGACAAAGACCCAGUGGAGGAGCUGAAUGACUCGCCUGCACAGACAGCAACAAACUCUGCAGCUGAGCUCCUCAAACAGGGAGCAGCAUGUAACGUGUGGUACCUGGGCUCUGUGGAGCUGGAGUCUCUGACGGGACAGCAGGCGGUUCAGAAGGCGACCACCCUUACGCUCUCCAAGGACCCUCCGCCAGCAUCCACUGUCGUCCAUUUUAAAGUGUCGGCACAGGGGAUCACGCUCACUGACAACCAAAGGAAGUUGUUCUUCAGGAGACACUACGCUGUCAACACCGUCAUCUUCUGUUCUCUCGACCCACAGGGCCGGAAAUGGACAAGAGGCAGUGGUUCUACUGCAAAGUAAGUCCCUUUUAUUUACUGUAUGUCUUC